GAGCCGAGGGGGUCAGGUGUAUGAGGCGGCCAUUUUGUAACAGGUAGUUCCUGUUUCCUCACAAACACAAGGAACAUCAGCUUGACCAGAGUGAUUCCAGGGGUCAAACGGAUUCUUCUUCUCCACAUCUCAUAAGAACAUUUUCAUUACUCCUUUUUCAAUGAAUCACCAAAAUCACCCAGAAACAUGAAAAGCUGGAGCCGUAAAUUUAGAAGGGACGAUCCCGAGAGCGUGGAUGGGGACUCCACUCACAAAUCGACCUCCAUUAGAGAUUCACCGGUGCCUGUGUGGGUCACUCAUACACCUACACUAGAUGAUGAUGAUAGAAGCUCCACGGGCCGUACCUCCAGCACUCCACCAUAUACAGAGAAGGAGAAGAACAGCAGCAAAGGGAGCAUGAAGGAUAGGCUGAAAACACUCAUCCCUGAUUCAUGGGGAAGCUUCAUCCAUAAAUGGAAAAAGGAAAGCGACAGUGUUACUGGGUCUGAGGCCAGUACCAGUAGGAUUCAGAUCCUGCCCAAUGGGACCAGGGUGAGUCCACCUGUGAGUCCACUUCUGGGGAGAAAGUGGGAUAAAACACUGGGCAACUCCAGCCUCCGGGAAAGCUCCACUGAUGACCUGAUGAUCCCACCAGAGGAGUCUUUACUGACCAGCAUCCACCCUGCAGAGUAUUAUGCAGAGAAGGUGGAGGUCUACAAGCAGAAGUACGCCUACCUGAAGUCCUGGCCAGGGUUGCUCAGACUCCUUGCUGGACUGGAGCUUCUUUUUGGGGGUAUGGUGUUUGCUUGUGUCAUUGCCUACAUCCAGAAAGACAGCGAGUGGUCCAACAGUUAUGGACUCUAUAACGGGGCCUAUAACAACGGCUUCGGCCUGUCUGGGUACAGCUACAGAGGCCCCAUGACCCCUUUUAUCCUGGCAGUAGCUGGAGUCUCAUGGAUCAUAACCCUGAGUCUCUUAGUAAUGGGGAUGACUAUGUAUUAUCGCACCAUCCUCCUCGAUGCCCCCUGGUGGCCCCUGACGGAAGCAUUCAUCAAUGUGGCCUUAUUUCUCCUCUACAUGGCAGCAGGGAUUGUAUACUUGAAUGACCUGAACCGAGGAGGUCUGUGCUAUACAACUAUAGGCGUUAACCCCAUCAUGGCUAAUCUGUGUCGAGUUGAUGGGGGACAGAUGGCAGGUACAGCGUUCAUCUUCAUCAACAUGGCCAUGUAUCUGGGAAGCUUCCUCGUGUGUCUGAAGAUGUGGAGGCAUGAAGCUGCACGGAGAGCAAGGCAGGACUAUGAGAAUGAGCCCAGAGAGUUCCAGAACUCCAUCGAGCUGGUCCCACAAAGACCAAAACGGAUUUCAUUCAGAGACGAAAUGGAUAGUGGUAGAAAUCAGACUCAUCGCUACAAACCUGUGCCUGAGGGCCACCAUACAGAGGUCCGUAAGAAUCCAGUCAAUCUGAACAGAUCAACAGCGGCUGAAUACACUCCGAAAAUACACAUCAUUGCAGACUACAUCAUGAAGUACCCAAAAAUCACCAGUGUGGAGGAAAGGGAAAAAUACAAAGCUGUUUUUAAUGACCAGUAUCAGGAAUACAAAGACCUUCACACAGACAUCAGCAACACCCUCAGUAAGUUCAGAGAACUGGAUGGCAUGAUGGUCCGACUCCUCAGAGAUGGAAAUGGCCAGGAGAAGCAGAGAAUUCAAAGUGUUUUGAAAAAGUAUCAGGAGAAAAAGAAAGACCCUGCCUUUUUAGAGAAAAAGGAACGCUGUGAUUAUCUGAAGGCUAAAUUAAGUCACUUAAAAAACAGAAUCCGUGCUUUUGAUGAGGAAAACAUUGCAAAUGGUGAAAUGUGAAGC